GCAAGUCCACUCCGGAUCGAAUCCCUUGUUCUUCUCUGCUCUUCGCGCUCUUGAUUGACUACUUGAAAAAAGGGGCCUUGAUUAUAUAUUUAUUUAUGAAUGAGAUGUCAUCAUCAACUUCAGCAGCCAGACCUUCUGGUGUUGAUCGUAAUUCAAAUUCUAAUAAGCUUCAAGAAAGGGAGACCUUGAGGUCUGCAUUUGUGUGGCUGGCCUUGUUUGUACUCCUCAUCAAUGGCAGUUGGGCAGUUUACCGUUUUCAAUAUGAGAGUCUCCCACCGCCUCUUGAUGCCAAGCAAGCGGGCAAACGAGGCUUCUCGGAAGUCUCAGCAAUGGAGCAUGUGAAGUACUUGACAAGUUUGGGACCUCAUCCCGUUGGUUCAGAUGCUCUGGAUGCUGGAUUACAGUAUGUUUUGGCAGAAUCAAAUAAGAUAAAGCAAACAGCUCAUUGGGAGGUUGAUGUCCAAGUGGAUCUCUUCCAUGCAAAGAUUGGUGCAAAUCGCCUCUCUGGUGGAUUAUUUAAAGGGAAAACACUUAUAUAUUCAGAUUUGAAGCAUGUGUUAUUGAGGAUCUUGCCCAAAUAUCUACCUGAAGCAGAAGAUAAUGCGAUUCUGAUUUCUUCACACAUUGACACGGUUUUUUCUGCGGAAGGUGCUGGUGAUUGCACUUCGUGUGUGAGUGUGAUGUUGGAGCUUGCUCGAGCAACAGCCCAAUGGGCUCAUGGUUUUAAAAAUGCUGUUAUCUUCUUAUUUAAUACUGGAGAAGAGGAGGGCCUUAAUGGUGCUCACAGCUUUAUAUCACAGCAUCCUUGGAGUAGAACAAUUCGAUUUAUGGUUGACUUGGAAGCAAUGGGAAUUGGUGGUAAAUCAAGCAUUUUUCAGAGUGGCCCUUCACCAUGGGCUAUGGAAACUUUCGCAAAGGUCGCAAAAUACCCAUCAGGUCAAGUCGUUGCGGAGGAUCUCUUUCAUUCUGGAGCAAUAAAAUCUGCAACUGAUUUCCAAGUAUAUCAAGAAGUUGCUGGUCUAUCCGGGCUUGACUUUGCAUAUACAGAUUCUACUGCAGUUUACCACACAAAGAAUGACAAACUGAAGCUGCUGAAGCCAGGAUCUCUUCAGCAUCUUGGAGAAAAUAUGUUGGCAUUUCUGCUUCAGAGUGCAAUGUCACCGAAUCUCGCCAAAGAAGUAUCACAUGAACCUGGAGCAACUUCUGAAGACCGUACUAUUUAUUUUGAUGUUCUGGGUGUUUACAUGGUUGUAUACCGGCAACGUCUUGCAACCAUGCUUCAUAAUUCAGUAAUAUUACAGGCACUUCUAAUUUGGACAACUUCAUUGCUUAUGGGUGGUUCUUCUGGUGCUAUAUCAUUGGGUUUAGCAUGCUUGAGCGUGGCACUCAUGUGGAUAUUUUCCCUAAGUUUGUCAGCUCUAGUUGCUUUUAUCCUACCACAUAUUUCUUCCUCCCCUAUGCCCUAUAUUUCAAAUCCAUGGUUGAUUGUUGGAUUAUUUGGUGCCCCUGCAUUAUUUGGGGCAUUUUCUGGUCAACGUGUUGGUUUCUAUUUUCUUCAGAAAUACUUGAAGAUUAGUUUUUCCAACAGAGUGCCAAAGCUACCUUCCAGAACUGAAGAUAACUUAAUAAAGUGGGAGGCUGAAAGGUGGCUUUUUAAAUCUGGCUUUGUCCAAUGGCUUAUUAUUCUUGUUCUUGGCCAUUUGUACAAGGCUCGGUCUACCUAUUUGGCACUCAUUUGGUUGGUUUCACCUGCCUUUGCAUAUGGUCUUAUGGAAGCAACAUUAACUCCCUCUCGGUCACCAAAGCAGCUCAAAGUUACCACAUUAGUUCUGGGAUUGACGCUUCCUGUUGUAGUCUCUUCUGCUAACACAAUUCGGUUGAUUGGGACAAUAAUUGGGAACAUGGUUCGACUUGACAGGGACCCAGGUAGUACGCCAGAAUGGCUUGGGAAUCUGAUAGUUGCGACAUUUGUUGCUGUGGUGGUGUGUCUAUUUUUGGUGUACCUUCUUUCAUAUAUUCAUAAUUCAGGUGCGAAGAGACCUUUUAUAUUUUUUAGUUGUGCCUUGCUUGGUCUCUCUCUAGUUGCAGUAUCUACUGGUGUUUUCCCUGUUUAUACAGAGGACAUUUCCCGAGCUGUUAAUGUGGUUCAUGUUGUAGAGACGAUGGGAACAAGUGAAAAUCAGAAUAUAUCAUCAUACAUUUCUUUGUUUUCCCCCACUCCUGGUAAAUUGAUCGAAGUGGUGAAGAACUUCAACGAUGAAGAGUUUUCUUGUGGAAGGAACAAGACUCUUGACCUUGUGACUUCUACUGUAAGAUAUGGUUGUUGGAGUUCACGUGACACAGAAGAAGGGUGGUCUAAAUCAGAAAUUCCAAUGCUGAAUGUUGAAAGUGAUUACGAAGCAGGCAUUAGGAAGACACAGGUGUUCAUCGAUACCAAGAUUUCCCACCGUUGGGCACUCGCUAUCAACACUAAACAUAUUAGUGACUUCUCUUUUGAAGUGAACUCCCAAGAAUUGAUUCCUGAAGAUAGCAAAAGCUCUGUUAAUGGAUGGCAUAUUAUUCAAUUCUCUGGUGGGAAAGACUCACCAACAAAGUUCCAUUUGAACUUGGCAUGGUUAAAUAAUUCGAAGAUACACAAACAAGAUGAGGAUUCUGUGCCGUUAUUGAAACUAAGAACAGAUGUGAAUAGAAUCACACCGAAAGCUGCAGGCAUUCUUGAGAAGCUUCCAGCUUGGUGUUCUUUGUUUGGUAAAUCCACUGGUCCUUAUACAUUAGCUUUCGUAUCCAGUCUUCCUAUUGACUUCUAAUUUAAUCUGUGGAGUCAUACAUCAUCAGCGCAUUCUUUUUCACUGCUUCUCUCACAUGAUUAUGUUAGAUUACUUGUUAUUAGUUAAAUUGUAUCUCAUGGUGGCAUCACUUGGCAACAAGGCAAUCUGUUGGCUACCAUGAUACUGUAACUGUUACAUUUAUGAACAGAGUGGUUAUUGGGGAUCAUAUCUGAUGUUCAUUAUUGAUAAUUAUUAUUUUGAGCAAUUUACAUUUAGUUGCUUUGACA